UCGGCCACCUGGGAUUGCCUCCUUUCCUCCUCCUCCUUUUAUUUUCCUGCAACAGAGUUCAGACAACUUACCGCCCACAAAAAAAAUCCGGUGCCGGCCUGCGAACCCGGAUCCUCACGCCAAGGUCGGUGCUGCUGUGGCUGCUGCACGAGCCUUCCUUUGUAAGCUGUCACUACCUGUGGUUGUGGUGGUGAACCUAAACAGCUCACUCCAGACCUGGUUCGAGAAGUUUUCGAAGAUUCUCGAGUUCCUCUCGACAUUAGCUCAAGAAAGAGUACAUAUGGCUUCAGUGCUCAUGGCAGUAGCUAUAGCUGCACUAUUGUUCACCAUAAAGUGGGAGGCACAGGCGUUCUCCCAGUUGGUCCUAGAGCGAGCCUGGACCUCUCUCAACCAGAGCGAGGUCCUUGAUGUGGCAUCGCUCCGUGCCAGCGACCUCCGCCGGCACUUCAGGCUCCUGGGGGAGCAGCAGGGGCACGUGGUGCCGGGAGGCGUGGUGUACUUCCCGCUCUUGGGAUCCGGUGCUCAAAUUGGGAAUUACUUUUACUACGUGAAGGCCAAGUUUGGAACUCCGCCGUCCGAGUUCACCCUUCAGGUCGACACGGGCAGCAGCCUAUCUUGGCUCAGUUGCAACGGCGCCGCAGUGAACCGGAGCUCAUUCACCCUCGCGAGCUCCUCAACGGCGCGACCUAUCAAGUGUUCAGACCGCAUAUGCGGUUCUGACUAUGUGUGCGGUGGUCAUCGCCGAUGCAACUUUGUGUUCCAGUACGACGAUAUGACCGGGGUCUCAGGCUAUAUCGUCCGAGACAUGUUAUUAUUUGAUAUGAUCUCGGGACAGGGGUCUCGGUUCCCAGACCGUUCUGCCCCCGUCCUCUUUGGGUGCGCUGAUCGCCAGUCCGGCUUAUUUUCUUCGGACGGAAUUAUGGCGAUGGGGCCAGGACCUGAUUCUAUUAUCUCUCUGUUAUCGAAACAGGGAGUGGCCCCUUUGGCAUUCUCCCACUGCUUGAGCGCUACGGGUAGAGGGACCCUAGCCUUCGGGGCAGCAGUAGAGCCCGAGAUGAAGUACACGCCUCUCAUCCCCUCCAAGUCGCAAAAGUACACCGUACAGAUGGAGUCGGUUGCAGUCAAUGGGCAGUUAUUAACUAUUGACUACAAGGAUUUUGAGCACGGGAUCACUAUUGACUCCGCGACUAAGCUGGUGUAUCUCACCCGCGAGGCGCUUGACCCAUUGAUCGAAUCAAUCGUUGCAGCAGUUUCAAAAGUUGCACCUCCUCAGAGCUACCCGGGAUAUCAGUGCUUUGAUAUAUCCGGGAUUGGGAGUGUUUCCACAAUCUUCCCGACGGUAGGCCUCGGCUUUGCCCGUGGCGCGUCAAUAGAUUUAACUCCAGAGGAGUAUCUAUUGCCAGGGCCGUACUUUGCGUCCCCUUCCCUGCGCUGCUUGGGCUUCCAGAUGACCGAUAGGGGGAGGAUGGUUCUGGGAGAUCUAGCGCUGAAGAACAAGAUCACGGUCUAUGAUCUUGCCAGCCAGCGGGUCGGAUGGGUUUCAUAUGACUGUUCCUUACCGAUGAACGUCUCGUCUGUCCCAACUACCAGCGGGGGAAGUAGUCCAUCGAGACGAUCGGGCAGUUUUUACUAUAUUGUCUUCUUGUUGGUGUUAUUAUAUUAGGUGUAGUGUCUCUACUUUCGCGGCUUUUAAGGAGUUGUUUAAUGUAAUGUUGUAUCCUUACUGCUGUAUUAUCAAAUCUUGCCGUAGAAAUGCAGGCACUGCCUCAAAACAUUUGAGCUGUUUUACU